CCAGUGGAGCGCGGAGGAAAUGAGCUCAGCCGGGGCCGCGGGGCGGCCGCGGGCGGGUGAGCGAGCGAGCGCCGGGGCCGCGGCUCCCGGGAGGCGGCGGGCGGACGAGUGAGUGAGUGAGCGACCGAGCGAGGCCCAGUGGUUAUGACCGCUUUUGCCUUGCCGUCCUCCUCUGGUGACUUGUGACUCUUUACCAAUCACGGCGGAAUCCGUCAAGCCCACGCUCUGCAGGGUUGUCAUCUACCUACAGAAGGAGAUGUCCGGGGACACAUGUCUAACCACCACCCUUUGUCCAGCUGCAGGGCCCAAGCCCAAAACUUGCAGCUUCAAAGCAGGCAGCCUUGGUAACAAGUAUGUGCGACUAAAUGUUGGGGGCUCUUUAUAUUACACUACAGUACAAGUACUGACCAGGCAUGACACAAUGCUUAAGGCCAUGUUCAGCGGCAGAAUGGAAGUGCUCACAGACAAGGAAGGCUGGAUCCUUAUAGACCGAUGUGGGAAGCACUUUGGAACAAUUCUAAACUAUCUCCGAGAUGACACGAUUGCACUUCCAAAACACAGACAGGAGAUCAAAGAGUUGAUGGCAGAAGCCAAAUAUUAUCUCAUUCAGGGCUUAGUAGACAUGUGUCAAGCAGCCCUGCAGGACAAGAAAGACUUGUAUGAGCCUGUCUGUAGCAUCCCUAUUAUCACAUCUCCAAAAGAAGAAGAGAGACUGAUAGAAUCAUCAAUGAAACCUGUUGUUAAGCUGCUUUAUAAUAGAAGCAACAACAAAUACUCCUACACCAGUAACUCAGAUGACAACUUACUGAAGAACAUAGAACUGUUUGACAAGCUCUCUCUCCGUUUCAAUGGCAGAGUUCUCUUCAUUAAGGAUGUUAUAGGGGAUGAAAUCUGCUGCUGGUCUUUCUAUGGACAGGGGCGGAAACUCGCUGAAGUCUGUUGUACCUCUAUAGUGUAUGCUACAGAGAAGAAGCAAACCAAGGUUGAAUUCCCUGAGGCACGAAUUUAUGAGGAAACGCUGAAUGUCUUACUUUAUGAAACGCCACGGGUUCCUGAUAACUCUCUGCUGGAAGCCACAAGCAGGAGCCGAAGCCAGGCAUCUCACAGUGAGGAUGAUGAGGGUUUUGAACUUCGUGACCGAGUGCGCCGAAUCCAUGUGAAGAGAUACAGCACCUAUGAUGACCGUCAGCUUGGCCACUAGCACAUCAAUCGAGGAGAAGGGGUUUGGUGUCAAGGCUUGUAUGAAUAUUCUUUGAGGGAGAUCAAGUAGGGAGGGAUCAGUUGGACUGUGGAUUGAUCUUCAUUUGUCUUCUUUGCUCCUUAGAGAAGCAAAUGGGCAUUUGUGCACACAAAGCAACACUAAAGGCCAAGGGCUUUGAAAACUAAGAUGUUAAUUUUGCACCGUGUGCUUCAAAUACAGACUGGCCCCUUUUCAUGCCACAUGAGGAAUUGAAUUCGGAGCUCCAAUUCUGACAGUUUGUGGUUGCUCUUGCGUAUGUGGUGACUUGCCGGUUUUCUUACUUCCUGUGAGAAGUACUGCUUUUCCUGAAUGAGAUGGCAUGAUUUGAAAAUCUUUUUCCAGAUACCUGCCCUUUUAGGGUUUUGUAUAAUGGAACUUCCAGUUUUUAAAUCAAGCUAACUGAAGAGGGGGUGGAGAGAACUUGAACAUGACUACUCUUAGCAAACACUACACCUGAUAACCCCCAGAGGAAAUGGUUAGCUAUCCAAUAGUCAGCUGCACUGCACAUGUGAUUUCUCCCCCCUCUUUCCGCUAGUACGCAUGCAAAAGUUUGUGUUCCGAAAGAGCAGUCUUUAAAACUCGUUAGUUCUAAGGCAAGCUCUUCCGAAGAGGUAAGAGUCCAAGUCACCAAAAAAACUCCCCUUGCGAAAAAUGAGAAAACUUUGAAAAUCUAAAUAUAUAUGUAAUGACUUGUCUUGGGAGAUGGAGAAAUGGCUAUGCUGAAGGAAGAAACUUCCUCAAGUAAGAAAACUUCAGGAAUAGAUUGCAGCAGGGUUGCCAUUGUUUAGGCUUGUGAUAGUAUAAUCCUGUUCGUAUAAACAAUAGUAAUCUGUGGAACUAGUUUUACAUUAGUUUCCUCAUGUGGUCCAAAAGUGCUAUUUGAUGUUAAAUUUCGCAACCAACAGGGGAAAAAUUACAGUCAGACAACAUUUUAUAAUGCUAGAUAAUGUUCACGUACUGAAGGGUGAAUUCAAGUUUCAUGUUCUGAAUCCCUUCUAGAGCAUAGAAGUUGAAGUGCGAAGAGAAGAAUAGUCAUAAAAGUCUUGUUCUAACAUGAAGCUGCAAGAGGCUUUGGACACAGGAGGAAGGUGGCUUAUCCUGAAUUUUAAACUGAAAGAAUCACUUUUAUUCUGAGUGCUUGGUUGGGUGCUAGUUGUAAAGGGCCUUUCAGAAGGUUGGAGUCAAGGCUGCUCUGCAAACUGGGUAUCUGGAAACAGUUUCAAGUUUAGUAUGAAAAGGUGUUGCUGUAUUUUUAAAUGUGCUUGUAUGUUUCAGCUGUAGGUUGCAGAUUCAAAUUUUACCACUGUCAUAAACGGUUAUUACUUGAUGGCUGUUCAUUGGCAGCUAUGGAUAUGUGACAGCGGUGGAGCGUGCUCCACAACUGCUUUUAUGUUCCUGUCUAAUACAUGAACAUGGAAGCUUCAGAUUCCAUGAUGGCUGAUCUUGAACUGCUUUGACCAGUGCCAAGUCUACCUGUAAGUUUUAAAGCAGAUUACUGCAAGAGCCUGACAAGAAAAUCAUCCCAAAUUAAUACAGUGAAGUCCUAAGCAGAAUUAAGAUGGUAGAUGGUUUGUUAGUAAUAGAAGCAGGGGAGGGAACAAAAAAAUUAUUUGUACUUUCCAAUUAGGCUUUUGAAAAUGACAUUGAUGAGGCUUGGUAAGAAAACACUAAUGGCUUCAAACUUUCAGGAUUUUAUUGCUUAGCCAGACCUCUGCACGUGGCAGGCAUUCACUUAAUUCUCCUCACAUUCAGGAAGUAGCAUUGCCACAGUAAUGCACCUGCCUUUUUGUGAAAGGCCUCUUUAAAAGUCUAAUAACCUCUUUUCUUUUUUAUUGCUUUCUGUAAGUAGUUGUUUUCCAGCUGGUUUUUCUAUUGUGCCAGUGAAAAUACAGCUGCUGGGAUUAGUUUUGACAAAGACUUUUGUGGGUUUUUUUCUUUAAUUCUACUAGAGCGUGAUGUGGAUACUUUUUUUAUUAUUUUUUUUCCCUCCACCGAUACUACUUAAAUUACACUGUGGUGGGCGCUUUGAAGCUACCAGCAGAGCCUGUAGUGAUAGGGUCUUUGUGAUGUACUUAAUAGCUUCGAUUUAUUCUCUUGUCCUUUUUUUUUAAUCUUGAAACAAAUGAGACUGCCAUUUAAAAUUCAUGCGUGGCACUUCUGUUUCUUGGCAAAUGUUUUUGGGUUUGUUUUUUUUCUUGUCACUAUCAUAGUGAAUGUUAACAGGUUAAGUAAGUGAUGCUGGUAGCUUUGCAAAAUUGUUUUAAGAAGAAGUUACAAGCAGAAAAAUGUCAUCUUCACAUUUCUUUUCUCUGGUGAGUUAUGGCAUGGGAAGGAGUGUGUGGAAGAGAAUGAGUGUCAGAUCUAUGUGCUAGUCCAGAGGCUCUUAUUCCGUGGUUGGAUUCUGUACUCCCAGGAUUCAUUAUUACGUUGUAAGAAGCAGAGAAGAGUCUGUGUUUUGGUUUAGUUGGUUUUCUUUUCCAUGUCUCCCACAGCCAACAAGUAGUAUUAAUUUCUGAUUUGAAUUUAGAUUAAAUAAUUUGGAAACAAACUGGGUUUGAGAACCAUCUUUUAAAAAGUGCAAAAUAACUUCUUCGUACCUGUGGAAUGUGGAAUAUCACUAAGAACUGUAAGCAGUUAUGAGUGUUUUUAAACGUUCAUAGGUAUCCGUUUCAGUUCACCUUCUCUCAGCCCCGUUCAUUCUUCCCUCUCUACCCCCAGUUAGUACUGAUCACAAAACAUCUGUUUUUAGAUUAAGAUGUGACUAGAAUUGGAAUCAUGUUUGGAAUGAUGUUAAACAAUGCUUGGCCACUGUGGACGGAACACUCUGUAAGCUUUACCCAGAGUAAAAUCUAAUUGCAUAAACACUAAAGUUUUGUCUAUUCAGAAGACAUUUCAAAACUGUGGUCUUGGUGUUGUCUUGAUAAGGUUUUCAGGAUGUGGCUGAGAGAUCCCAUUUAAAUACCUGUGGUUAGGUUUGACUAACAGUUUUAUAGUUCCCUCCACUGGUGGACAGAUAGGAAUGGGAGAACAUCAGGAAAUCCUCUGUGUGGGUGUGUUCUGGGAUGUGUGCUACCUGGACAUGCACAAGGCUAAAAUGAUUAUAGUAUUAGAGAUCCCCUCCCUAGGUAGGGCUGCUAGGGUUUCUGAUAAAAUCUGGAAUGUCUUCUUACCCGAGUGCUUACAUAAUUGGAUAAUUUAUAUGAAGUCUUAGCAAGUCUAAAUGUAGACAUGGAUGCAGCCAUCACUUACACAGUUCAGGGGUUGAACGUUUUUCUAACACAAGUGAUAGAACACUACAUUUUCUCUUAAGAAUCCUGUUUAUCUGGAACUGCUCCAAUGCAGGAUGUUAAUGUCCUUUCCACCAAAAUCAUGGCAUGUUGAUUUAUACAGUCUCGGUACUACCAGGUUCUGAUAAUUUCGAAUACUGUAGUUUUGAUGUAACACAUGCUUUUCAUUUUCAUCUUAAUCAUCCUUUACUUAAUUAAAGGCUGUAAAUUGUUUUGACGAGGACAUCCUAGACAUUCUAGAACACAUUUUUACAACCUGGUAUCAUGGAAAAAAAGCAGCACUGAAAAGGAUGAUGCAGUUUUGAACUGGAGCAUUCACUUAUUUGUAGUGAGCUGUCCACUUCUAGAGAGAGUGCUUCCUAAGAUACUUCCUAAGUAUCACAAAAUAUGAUCCCUAUUAAGACAAUAUACAUUUCUAAUUAUAUGCAUUUGUCUGCAAGUUAAGCGACUUGUAAUGGCUUCCUACAUAGACCAUCACCAAUGGAUGUGUUUACUGAUGCGCCUGUGAAUUUACAGUAGCCUUUAGGAGGAAGAAAUGCCUUUUUGCCUCAUUUGUAAUGUAUGAAUUCUAACUAUAUCAGCCAGCAUUCAUUAGCUGCUGGAACUCUUUUUGAAACCUUACUGUCCUCUUCACUCCUAAAUUUACGUGAACUUUUGUGCAUUCAAAUAUUACAUUAGCAGACUGGGAACGAAUGGAAAACAUGUAACUGACAUCUAUAUACAAGUACUGUAAUAAAGGGUUGCAUGUUUCCGUAAUGGGGUCCUCACAUAUUGCAAAAGAGCCUCAGUCUUUCUACAGAGAAGGAAACUUGGUGCCUUGAGUGAAUGUCUUAUGUUAAACAGCUUUUCAGUAUCAGUGUUAAUUAGGCAAUAAUGUCAAAAGAGAGAGCUCUGCAGGGUAGCAGCCUCCAACUGCUUGAUAAAUGCCGAGACAAAACUAAAUGUUUAACCUACACCUUGACAUUUAGUUUUUGGAACAGGAGACAUUUAUCCAAUCUUAACGUUCCAUUCUGCUGACGUUUUCUCUCUUACACUUCUUGGUUAAAAUAAAAAAAAUCACUGACUGAGACUGGGAGCACAUUGGAGGGACCGAUACUAUGGUGUUAUUGAAAAGCUGUAUUCUGCUUGGAACAGGCAAUGCUUAUUGUGGUUUUUAUUAGACAUUUCUAGAGGUUUUUUUUAAUUUUCAGACACAAUUGACUCUUAGAAAUACUGAUGAAGUCUAACUUAACUGAAUGGUCUGGCCCAGCAGUCCUUGUCUUCACACAAUUAGAUUAUAUCCUCUGACAAUCCUUGGCAUUAAAUCUUUACAGACAAAUUUCACACCAUCCGUUCUGUUAGGAUAACUGAGGCUUUAUUAAGAGUGAGUGGGCAUGAGUCCUGUUUCCAACUUUGCCACUAACUCAGUGACAUACAGCAAGUCAGUUUUUUUGUGUGUGCGUAACUUUUCCUCAUCUGUAAUAAAAUGGUUGUAUGACCCUCCCCAACCUCAGAAGGAUGUUGAAGCUUAAUUUGUUUAAUAAUAGUAAAGGACUUUGGAUUUCUAUAAUAUUUUGUAUCCAGAGGAUAGCAAGUAUGAUUCCUUAUCUUGUUUAAACUGACAUUCUGUGAUCAAGCUGUUUUCUUGUAGCAUCAGACUUUGUUUUAUAUGUCUAACUUUUAAGGGUCAGCGUUAUGGAUAAAAUACUUAGUUAAUGCAGUAAUCAUAUUAGCUGUUGAUUAAAGUGGUUUCUCUUUUAUCAGUGCAUUAAAUGGAAAUGGAACACUAAUUUUUAAUAAAGUGUUAUAUUUUGUCUUC